AAACCCUCUCUUUAAUCCAUUUCUUUCUCUUGGUCUUCACGCGGAUUCUCACUCAAAUAAAUCCAAUCCAUUCUGAAUCAAAACCCAUCUACAAAAACCAUUUCUUUUUCGAUUUCAUCCCCAAAAUCACUCCAAAAACUGUUAAGAAAAUGGCGUCAGCGGCCAUUUUUUCAUCCUUACGUCGGAGCAGGUCGCCGUCGUUAGACGCGUUCCUAUCGCCGGUGGAUCUAGACGACAACGACGUCGUCGGAUUGUUAAAUACCCUAACCGCCGUCGCAUCGGAUCUCAUUUUAUCAUUUUCCGACAAGACGCCGCCGUUCCAGAAGAGGAACUCCAGAUCUUUGCUCCGGCGAAUCGAAUUGUUUGUCGUGUUGUUGGAUUCCGUUCGCGAUUCAGGUGAGUGGUGGUCCAAUUUACCGUCGACGUUGGUGUUAUGCUUUAAGGAGUUGUACCUUCUGCUUUACAGGUCCAAAAUUCUGCUUGAUUACUGCACUCAAUCGAGUAAGUUAUGGUUGUUGCUUCAAAACCCUUCAAUUUCUGGCCAUUUUCAUGAUCUUAAUCAAGAAAUCUCGACACUUUUGGAUGUUUUUCCGAUGGACAAAUUGAAUUCUUUGGUUACUGAUGACGUUAGAGAACAGAUUGAUUUGCUACAAAAGCAAUCCAGAAGGGAUAAAUUGUUCAUAGAUAAACACGAUGAAUCAUUAAGAUUGAAGUUCUUCAAUUUGUUGAACGAAAUUGGGAAAGGGAACAUCCCAAAUUCCGAAGAUUUCCAUGAAUUUUUCGUCGGAAAAUUGGGGAUUCUUAAUGCGAGAGCUUGUAGGGUUGAAAUCGAGUUCUUGGAAGAACAGAUUGCGAAUCACGAGUGUGAUCUUGAGCCUUCUGCUUCAGUUCUUGGUGGGUUUAUCGCCAUGAUCAGAUAUUGCAGGUUCUUGUUGUUUGGAUUCGAAGAAGAUGAAGCAGAAAUGAUAAUGGGGAAAAGAUUUAGAAGGAUGAAAAGAAGAGGAUUGAUUUCGAAAGAAAUCGCGGAUACUUUUCGAACGAUCCAAAAAGAUUUUUGUUGCCCGAUUUCGUUAGAUUUGAUGAUGGAUCCUGUGAUAAUAUCCACUGGACAGACUUUCGAUCGAGGUUCGAUUUCGAGAUGGAUCGAAGAAGGUCAUUGUAAUUGCCCGAAAACCGGGCAAGUUCUUGUACACAAGAAGCUCGUACCGAAUCGGGCACUUCGGAAUCUGAUCAUGCAGUGGUGUAUGGCUCACAAGAUUCCUUACAGUCCUCCGGAAAGCUCGGAUCUGGUGGCGGAAUCUUUUCCGGCUGCUCCGGCAAGUCGGGCAGCGGUGGGAGCGAAUAAAGCCACCGUCCGCCUCCUUAUUCAACAGCUGGAAAACGGUUUGGAUUGUGGUAAAGCCAUCGCUGCUCGUGAAAUCCGUUUCUUGGCAAAAACAGGGAGGGAAAACCGCGGUUUCAUUGCAGAAUCUGGAGUGAUUCCGCAUUUGAAGGCUUUGCUUUCUUCCCGAAGUGCCGUUGCACAGGAGAAUGCAGUGACAGCAAUGUUGAAUUUGUCGAUCUAUGAUAAGAAUAAGAGUCGGAUCGUGGAAGAAGACGGGUGUUUGAGAGCAAUCGUGGGCGUUUUACGAUUCGGCCACACGAUCGAAUCGCGGGAAAAUGCGGCUGCUACGCUUUUUAGUCUCUCCGCUGUUCAUGAUUACAAGAAAAGAAUCGCGGAUGAAGACGGAGCUUUAGAGACGUUAGCUGGUUUACUAACCGACGGCACGCCGAGAGGGAAGAAAGACGCGGUUACGGCUGUUUUCAAUCUGUCGACACACACCGCAAACUGUGUGAAAAUGAUCGAAUACGGGGUUGUCAGAGCUCUAGUCACGGCCUUGAAAUGCGACGGCAUUGCGGAGGAAGCCGCCGGUGCAUUGGCGUUGAUCGUGCGGCAACCGGUCGGCGCCGAGGCAGUAGGAAACGAGGAGGCUGCGGUCGUUGGCCUGAUCGGAAUGAUGAGGUGUGGAACACCCCGAGGCAAAGAAAAUGCCGUGGCGGCGUUGCUCGAGCUUUGCCGGAGCGGCGGGGCCCACACAACCGAACGGGUCUUAAAAGCUCCAUCAUUGGCUGGCCUCAUUCAGAGUUUGUUGUUUACCGGAACUAAACGGGCUCGGAGGAAAGCGGCAUCGCUUGCUCGGGUUUUUCAACGUUGUCAUUACGAUUCUUUGCAUUUCAACGGGUUGCGGUUGGGUUAUGGUUUCGCCGGGAACUCGACCGCCGGAAAUCUGGAUUCAGGAUUUCCGGCAGAGACCGUCUCGGUGUCGAUGUCGAUGUCAGUUUCGGUUUCGUAGUUUGGUAAUAUGAUCAUCAACCCCCUUUCUUUACCCCCCAAAUAUUCAUUUUAUGUUACUAUAUAUAUGUUACUUUAUAAUCUCAUACAUUCAUUCAUUAAUAUUUACUUAUUUGGUAA